AAAGUCUUUGGAUUCAAAUGAAGGUAAAAGGAUGAGUGAAUUGUGUGGGACUGGUUUAGCUUUGACUUCAAUGUUAAGGUUCGAUGGGAUUUUUGGUGAGCCUUACGGUGAAGGUUAUAUUAGAAAGGGAAUAGAGUUGCUUGGAGUCUCAAAGAGAGAAGAGAUCGAGGCUAGGUGGAGGAAGUUCGAAGAUGCUGAAAAAAAAUUGUAUGCGGAGAUAGCUGAAUUCUAUGCAGAACAAGCUAAGUUAAUAUAUCAAGUUCGGAAAUUUAAUUUGAAUAUGGAAGCAAAGGAAGUGUUGGACUCGCUUAUGGGGAGGAGAGGUGCUCCACCUCGUUGUGAGAUCAGAGGAAGCAGAACUCGGACCCUGCGAGUUGUGUCCCUCAAAAUGUAAAAAAAAAAUUACCCCGAAUUUCACGUUUUAGAUUUCAAAUUCCAUCAGAUGCAAAUCGGACCAUGCGA